AUGGCAGUGUUCGUGUACUCCCAUUGCAUUCUGGGUAUUCUGAAUUACCCCAUGGCUAUUUUCGGUGCAAUUCCAAUGGCCCAUUUUGCCAGCAUUGUUCCCUUCACCACCGCAUCUCAGGCUAAGCGAAUAUGGAACUGCUUUUGGCUCAUCGUGUCGUCUCCCCUCGUUCUGCUUGUUUUGCUGAACUGGACUCGCAUGGACGUGAUAGGUGGCUUGUCAUAUACCGUGGACAGUUUUGCUCACCGUACAAAUUUGCUGGCACUGCCGUACAUGUGCUGUAUCUACGUGUGCGUCCACACGUUAUCGCUCGUAAUCUGGGUAUAUCCUCCGUCUCUAGUCGCUUUACCGCUGCCGAAGAAGUCGAAGAAAGAGUAG